GUUGUACUUACACCAAUAAAGUUGUGUUACAUUUUUUUGGCCUCUGUCUUUACUUAAUAUUAGCUUUUAAGUGAUGUACAUGAUUGUUUCUAAAUUGCAGAUCUUGACGGCAAGACAGAUCUUAAAAUACGAGCUCUAGAAGAAGUAGAAGAGCUCAGAACUAAAAGAGCAGAUAAACAGUCCAUGCUGCUUUGGAUGCUUUCAAUAAAGAUUGAGCAUCUUUGCCUCAAACCAUUGCCAAACCCUCCACCUUUGGCACCAUUGCCUGUAGCUACGCCUGAUCCUUGGACCCAGGAAAUGAUAAAUGAAAAGUUGAAGAAAGCUGAGGAUCUUGGUGAGAAGGGGAUGAUAGGUGAGGCACAAAAAGCUUUAGAAGAGGCUGAAGCACUAAAAAAGCUCCCUGCCAGACAGGAGCCUGUUCUGGAUUCCUCAAAAUACACUGCUGCUGAUGUUUGCAUUACUCAAAAGCUACAGGUUUAUGACAUUUGUGGAGCAUUUUUGAGUGUUUAUGACAGGUAUCUGUAUUCUUCUAUUGAUGUUUUCCCGAUGUCCUUAAGUUUGUAUUGUGAAUAAGUUGGUUCAGGUGCUGGUAUAAUGUUUCUCAUUCUUCUAUAAAGAUUCUCAGUUAGUAAUAUCUGUGAGUUUUUCUGACCUUGGAGAAGAAUAGUAUGCCCUGUUUUCUAAUUUCUUUUGAUUGUUUGUAGAUGCUGGACUUUAAAACACAGCAUUUUCUACCUUGUCUGUGCAUAUUCGGUUUAAAAUGCAUUAUGAAUUGUCCUGGUUCUCAACCAAUUUUGAUAGCUCAGUUUUGUUUGCUGAAAGUGGGAAAGAAAAUGUAAAAUAUGAAAUCAAAUAAGACAGAAAAAGUAGAAAAAAUGAUUUUGUUCUGGGCAUUUUAAGAAUAGAGGGAAAAAAGGGCUCUUAAAAUCUGACGAUAAACUUGAUGGAUGGAAGGCCUAGUUUGGUCAAGGUAAGCUGCCUAUGGAAGCAUGGAUUAUGCCUACCAUUUAAUUCUGACCUAAUAGUCUUGUGGUAUGAUAUAUUUAGCUAAAUUGAGGUGGCAUUUAUAUUUUUUAAAAGAAGAGUUCAGCAGCACCUCUUGUUAAUUAACUUUUGUCAGGAAG